GUUAGAGCGGAGCUGUCGGGGAUAGAGGAGCAGCACAAUGGCAGGCAGGGCUCCCAGCAAGGACACCCAGGAGGAGAAACCCCGGCUCAAUCAGACAGAUUUGCCAUCAUGCCUGAAGCUGGAUGUGCUCACGAAGGAACUGUGGAGCAACAAGGAUCUCAAAAACAGCUUGUUGUUGUCCUGCUUGAAGCUGCCAAAUGUCAAAGACCCUGGGGAGGAACCCACCUGUCCAAGUUACACCUGUAUUUCUGCGCCGACGCGGCGGAACUGCAGCACCAUCAGGUCCUCCCAGACCUACCAACCGAUCCAGUGUCCUGAGGCAGGGCAGGAAAUGCAGCAGGAAAUGCAGCAGAAACUGCAGCAGGAAAUGCAGCAGGGCCACAAGUGCCGGGCCAAGAGCACCGAGGAUUUCAAAGACAUCGACUUGUGCUGCUCACCAGAGGUGCUGGAGAAAGCGACCCUGGAGAUGGAGAAACUCCUGGCCAAUGAGAAGCAGCAGUUGAUCACCACGGACCCCCAAGAGGCCAAUCUGGACCAUCAAACCCCGAAGACCCCCAGGGAUCACCGAACCUUCCCCAGGACCAGCAGGAGGUUUCAGGAGUGGCACAACUCGGGCGAUCCAGCCCCCAUGUUGGACCACCCAACUCCCAACCACAUCCCGCUCUGCCUGGGCACCAGCCCGGGCUACCAACCCCCAGGGCUGGGCCAGGAGAGCUCCCAGGGCUGGGUGAUUGCUGUGGGGACCCUGGUACCCCUGGUGUUCCUGGUGUUCCUGGUGUUCCUGGGGCUGAGGUGGUGGAAAGGCCGGAAGGGUCGGAGGGGUCGGAGGGAGAAGCGAUGCUCGAACGGGGAGGCCCUGAAGGCAGAGGAGGGGCUGGAGGAGAAGGAGGAUGAGGAUGAGAUGUGAAAUUUUGGGGAUGAUUUUUAGAAUUUUUUAUGGACGGUUUAGGUCAGUUUUUAGCAAUUUUAGGUGAGAAUUGUGAUCCCCUUUUACAUUUUAGGUCAAUUUGAGAGGAUUUUUAGGAAAUAGCCCUUUGGAAAUAAGCACUACCCCAGCUGUGUUUUAACAGCUGGCCGUUAACAAGAGACAUCCCAUGGAAAUAAAUAAUACUGUCCCAGCUGUUUAACAGCUGGAUCAUUAACAGGAGAUCUCUCCUUUGGAAAUAAAGCAUUACUCCAGCUGUUAACAGCUGGAUCAUUAACUUGAGAUAUCCCCUUUUGAAAUGAACACUGUCCCAGCUGUUAACAGCUGGAUCAUUAACUGGAGAUCUCUCCUUUGGAAAUAAGUAUUAGCCCAGCUGUUAACAGCUGGAUCAUUAACUGGAGAUCUUUCCUUUAGAAAUGAACACUGUCCCAGCUGUUAAACAGCUGGAUCAUUAACUGGAGAUCUCUCCUUUAGAAAUUAAGAACACUGUCCCAGAUGUUUAACAGCUGGAUCAUUAACAGGAGAGAUCCCCUUUGGAAAUAAGCUCUGAGCCAGCUGUUAACAGCUGGCCAUUAACUUGAGAUACCUCCUUUAGAAAUGAAGAACACUGCUCCAGCUGUUAACAGCUGGAUCAUUAACAGGAGAGAUCCCCUUUGGAAAUAAGCUCUGAGCCAGCUGUUAACAGCUGGAUCAUUAACAGGAGAUAUCCCUUUUGGAAAUAAACACUACCCCAGAUGUUAACAGCUGGAUCAUUAACUGGAGAUCUCUCCUUUGGAAAUAAAGUAUUACUCCAGCUGUUAACAGCUGGCCAUUAACUUGAGAUAUCCCCUUUUGAAAUGAACACUGUCCCAGCUGUUAAACAGCUGGAUCAUUAACAGGAGAUCUUCCCUUUGGAAAUGAGCAUUACUCCAGCUGUUAACAUCUGGCCAUUAACUUGAGAUACCCCUUUUGUAAAUAAGCACUGCCCCAGCUGUUAACAGCUGGAUCAUUAACAGGAGAUCUCUCCUUUGGAAAUGAAGAACACUGUCCCAGAUGUUAACAGCUGGAUCAUUAACUGGAGAUAACC